GAUGCUUCUGUCCUUCCAUGGCUAGAUCGAUCAGUGGUUGCGCGACGACGCCGCGAAGUGCUCUUGUGGCGCAAAGCUGCGAGGGCAGACGGCUGCGCAGGGAAUCGAGACCGACGCCGAGGUCGAGGCAGUGAGGGAAGGAAGGGAAGGAGGGGAUGAGAGAGCCCUCCUCUCCUCGGGCACAGGGCUAAAAGCUUCCUCUCCUCCGCGCACUCGCUGGCGAUGAUCGUGGCUGCAGCUGGCCGCUGAAACAUUAUCACUGACGCCACAACAAUGCACAACUGUGCAUCUGCAUCUGCUUUCAUAUCGUCGCCGUAUUGCCCUGCCUCAUCAUCUGGAUUGCCUCGAUCCAGGCUCUCCGUUGUGAUUCGAGGCGCGUCUGUUAGCUGCUCGGGCUCCUUUGCUUUGCAGGAAUGUUGAGUUGACUGGUUGCGCUGCUGCAGUGGUAGAGCGGGGGCGUGAUGGUUCAUGGCGCGUUGGUGCGAUUGUGUGAGAUGAGUGUUUAGGGGGGUGGAUGUGGCCAGGGCGUGGGUCUGGUUGUCUGUGGGCGGGGUCGGUGGAUGCGAGGGGCAGAAUGAAGAAUGGUGACCACAAGCAGGAGGAAAGAGACGCAGUGCAUAGUCAGUCGAGUCACGCGGUUCAGCCCUUCGGUGUCCAAGAUACUCUUGUUGAGUACAAGUAUCCUGCUCUGCACAUGCGUGGUGCAGCUUACCACUCUAGGAGAUUUUUGGCAACCAAAGGUUCUUCGAAACAACUGGCCUUCAUGUAUAGUGACAGCUCCAAACUCAGGAGGUCCAAAUGGGUUUUCUGAUAGCAACGGUUACCUUGAGGUUUCAACCAAUGGUGGGCUCAACCAAAUGCGAGCUGGGAUCUGCGACAUGGUUGCAAUAGCUAAGCUUAUGAAUGUGACAUUAGUUGUACCUGAACUGGACAAGAGUUCUUUGUGGGGAGAUCCCAGUGAUUUUGGGGAUAUUUUUGAUACGGAUCAUUUCAUUUCCUCGUUGAAAAGCUCUGUUCGUGUAAUCAAGGAGCUUCCAAAGUCUGUCACAGACAAGAUUCAGGAUAAGAAGUUGACAAAGUAUUAUCUGCACCCAGGGAGCUGGUCGAACGAGUCUUAUUAUGUGAACUAUAUAUUGCCGCUGAUCCAAACGCACACUGUGGUGCAUUUCAAUAAAACGGACACUAGGCUAGUCAAUUCUGCCUCUUUAGAGACUCAACGACUGCGUUGCUAUGUGGACUUCCACGCCUUAAGAUUCACUUCAAAUAUUGAAAAACUGGGCCGGAAAUUGGUGAAAAUGCUUCGCGCGCGGGGCCCAUUUCUUGUUUUACACUUACGCUAUGAAAUGGACAUGCUGUCGUUCUCAGGGUGUGCCGAAGGCUGCACCAAGGAAGAAGCUGAGGAACUCACAAGCCUGAGGCACUCUGUAAACUGGUGGAAAGUUAAGGACAUUGACUCGGACGCGAGCCGGAAGAUGGGUCUGUGCCCCCUGACACCCGAAGAAACAACUUUGGUGCUAAAGGGGCUUGGCUAUGGACGGGAUACCCAGUUGUACAUUGCAGCUGGUAAUAUUUACGGUGGAAGCAAACGAAUGGCUGCACUUCAUGAAGCUUUUCCCAACAUUGUGAGAAAGGAGAAGUUGCUUUCAGACGCUGAGCUGGUUCCUUUUAGGAACCGGUCGUCCCAAAUGGCCGCUCUCGACUACUUCGUCUCUAUAGCUAGCGAUGUGUUCAUUCCUACUUAUUAUGGCAAUAUGGCAAAAGUUGUGGAAGGUCAUAGAAGAUACUUGGGUUACAAGAAGACAAUCCUACUCAACAGGAAGGCUAUUGUAGAGCAGAUCGAUCAACUAAAGAACGGUACAAUUACCAUGGGCGAGUUCUCUUUGGGGCUCAGGGAAGCCCACGAAGAGCGCACUGGCACACCUUUCACAAGGCGUCAGAAUCCAGGAUUCCCCAAAGAAGAAGACUACUUCUAUGCUAACCCGCAAGAAUGUCUGUGUGCCCCCGAUGUACCCUUCGCCUCUCGCAAACGGUUGCCACACCCUGUCCAUUCUUUCUCCUGAAAGUCAUACCCCUGCUUUCCUUAUCCUGGAUCCUCUGAGGGUUCUUCCUUCAUUCUGUUUUUCCUUGGGAGGUCAUGUCGUAUGUUGUAGAGAUUGAUUUAUAGCUAGUUCUCGAUUGAGUCCACCAAUCUUCAUGCUGCGCUAAGAGUUCUUUCAUGGACAUGUUCUUUGUGUCGCUUGCCACUCAUUAAUUUCAGGUGACAGUCAAGAUUCUUGGAUAAGCAUGUGGAUUACUCGCACACGGAGUUAUAAUCAUGCCUUUUCUAUCUUAUUGUGAUACUUAGACUUUUGCGGAUUUACGCAGAAUUUAAUGAGGUUGCUCAGAUGAGGAUUAGAAAUGUGA